AUGGGGGACUCCAAGGAGAGCGGGGCCGAGGCCCCGCAGGCUGGGCCCGAGGCUCGAAGAGGGCUCAGCCUCUUGGCCGCUGGCGAGUCGGAGGAGCCUUCGAGCCAGGGCUCCGCUCUGUUUCUGGGAGGCAGUGAAGUGAAGAGCCGGGCAGUGGUGAAAUAUUCCUCGGCCCCACCCCGAACUGCUUUUGCCCGCCUUGAGGAGAAAACAGACUUGAAACUCCCACCUGCCAACUGGCUGCGAGAGAGUGCCAAGCUCGGGCCAGCUGGCACCACCAUUCUUGGCAAUAGUAAGAAAAGCAAGCCCUUUUCAAGCUUUGGCAUGGCGUAUGACUUCAUUGAUUCUGUGGGAAAUGAUGUUGAUGUGGUCUCAGACUCUGAGAACAUCAAGAAGCUCCUCAAGAUUCCCUACAGCAAGUCGCAUGUGAGCAUGGCAGUGCACCGUGUUGGGCGCACACUGCUGCUGGACGAGCUGGACAUUCAGGAGCUCUUCAUGAGGUCCUCACAGACCGGUGACUGGACAUGGCUAAAAGAGUUCUACCAACGACUGAUUGACCAGAAGUGGCAGAGAAAGAAGAAGAGCAAAGAACACUGGUACCAGAAGGCCAUUCUCUCCAAGUUCUUGUACUACAGUAUCAAUGGUGACGGAGCAGCUCAGCCUGUGCCAUCUGCAGCCGAGCAGCAGGACCCGCCCAGUGCAGACCAGCCCCCUGACCCUGACGGGGCCUCGUGGCCUGCCCCAUUUGAGAUGCCUGCCUCGGUGUCAGAGGAUCCUAGUGCUCCCAGUCAGGGAAGGGAGCCUCUGGAGCCCUCAUACAUAGUGGGCCAUGUGGCCUCCGCAGCUAGAGAACAGAACCUCACCCCUCUGUUCAGUGACGGGGAGCACAGCCAGGGCCUGAAGAAUGACUUUGUGCGGAACAUCUUGUGGACCUUUGAAGACAUCCACAUGCUGGUCGGCUCCAACAUGCCCAUAUUCGGCGGGGGUCGGUACCCAGCCGUCAGCCUGCGGCUCAGGGACAACAACAAGCCGAUCAAUGUGCUGACAGGAAUUGACUACUGGCUGGACAACUUGAUCUGCAACGUGCCGGAGCUUGUCAUGUGUUUCCAUGUGAACGGGAUUGUGCAGAAGUAUGAGAUGAUCAAAACAGAAGAGAUUCCCAAUUUGGAAAACUCGAAUUUCUCGACAAAAGUCAUAAAAGACAUAGCCCAGAAUAUUUUGUCAUUUCUGAAAUCCAACUGUACCAAGGAAGGACAUACCUACUGGCUGUUUAAAGCCAGUGGCAGCGACAUUGUGAAACUCUAUGACCUCACAACUCUCUGUGAAGAAACGGAAGACAAGUACCAGAACCCCUUCACCAUGCCAGUGGCCAUUCUCCUCUACAAGGUCGCCUGUAAUAUGAUGAUGAAGAAGAACCAGAACAGAAAACAUUAUGGGACAAUUAGGACUUUGCUGCUUAACUGUGUCAAAUUGCUGGACAAAAGCCGACACCCUCAGAUCAUCGCUUCAGCCAACUACAUGCUUUCAGAACUUUUCCAGCUGGAUGAACCUAAAAAGGAGGAAAGCUCUGAAUCAUCCUUGAAUGAGAAUUCUGAUGAGAGCUAUAGUGAGGAGGAAGAGGAAGAGAUGGCAGACAGUGAUGAGAACGGGGCCUACAGCAACAGCCCCGACCCGGCGGAGGACAAUAAAGCAGUUGCCAUAAUUAAGUCUGUGGGCGAGUUGUCCGUCCCCGAAAAGUACAAAUCUAUCCAUCAGAUCCGGCCGAGCUGUGCAUUUCCAGUCUGCCACGACACUGAAGAGCGCUGCCGGCUAGUGCUGAGCUACGUGUUGGAGGGCUUGAAGUCCGUGGACAGCAGCAUUAAGAAGGAAAGUGACCUUCCUGCAGCUGAUCCCAGCACCCCAAUCCCCUUAAAGUAUGAAGACGACUCCACCAGAGCGGGUCCCGAGGGUUUGGAGAAGCAGAUGGCUCUGUUUUUGGACAAAAUGGGCUCCCUGCAGAAGGACAAUCACUCGAGUCAGUCUGGCAUGAUCCCCGGCUCCUGGCAGCAUAAGAUGAAACUGCAGCUGAUCCUUAAGUCAUCUAAGGCCUAUUACGUCCUGUCGGAUGCAGCCCUGAGCCUCCAAAAAUAUGGGCGAGCCUUGCGCUACAUUAAGCUAGCCCUGCAGAGUCAUGACACGUACUGCUGCCUCUGCACCAACAUGCUGUCCGAAGUGCUCCUCUUCCUCUCCCAGUACCUUACACUCUGUGGUGACAUCCAGCUCAUGCUGGCCCAGAAUGCCAGCAACCGCGCGGCCCACCUGGAGGAGUUCAACUACCAGACCAAAGAGGACCAGGAGAUCCUGCACAGCCUCCACCGUGAGGCCAGCUGCCAAGGAUUUGCAUGGGCAACUGAUCUGUCUACAGACCUUGAAAGCCAACUCUCUGUUAGUUGUAAAUGUUAUGAAGCUGCUAAUGAAAUCUUGCAGUUCAGUGACUUAAAAAGCCAAAACCCGGAACAGUAUGUCCAAAUCCUGAAGCGAAUGGGGAACAUUAGGAACGAGAUCGGCGUGUUUUACAUGAACCAGGCUGCGGCGCUACAGAGUGAGCGAGUGGUGAGCAGAAGUGUGUCUGCCGCAGAGCAACAGUUGUGGAAACAAAGCUUUUCUUGCUUUGAAAAGGGGAUCCUCAACUUCGAGUCCAUCGGGGAUGCCACCAACACUGCUCUCCUGCUCUGCAACACCGGGAGGCUAAUGCGGAUCUGCGCCCAGGCACACUGCGGGGCUGGCAGCCAGGGCAAGCGCGAGUUCUCACCCGAAGAAGGGCUCUACUUUAACAAGGCCGUGGAUUACUACUCUAAGGCGCUUCGAGCACUGGGCAGCCGGGAUGUGCACCCCAUGGUGUGGGACUCAGUCAACUGGGAGCUGUCCACCACCUACUUCAACAUGGCCACUCUGCAGCAGGACUUUGCACCCCUGUCUCGGAAGGCUCAGGAGCAGAUCGAGAAGGAGGUGAGCGAGGCCAUGCUCAAGUCCCUGAAGCACUGCGACUUGGACGCGGCAUCUGCGCGGCAGCCACUGUGCCAGUACCGGGCUGCCACCAUCCACCACCGACUGGCCUCCAUGUACCACAGUGGCCUGCGGAAUCAGGUGGGCGAUGAGCACCUCAGGAAGCAGCACCGGGUGCUGGCAGACCUUCACUACAGCAAGGCCGGGAAGCUCUUCCAGAUGCUCAAAGAUGCACCGUGCGAGCUGCUGCGGGUGCAGCUGGAGAGGGUGGCGUUUGCCGAAUUCCAGAUGGCCAGCCAGAACAGCAGCGUUGGGAAACUGAAAACGCUCUCAGGCGCUCUGGACAUGCUUGUGAGGACACGGCAGGCACUGCAGCUUAUCCUUCAGGAGCUGGUCGGCGAGUCUGCUCAGCCCGAGGGUGAUACCGCCACUCCUGCCACCGACUCUGCACCCAGCCUCCCCCGAGAAGAAGUGCUGAAGCUCCUCAGCAUAUUCGAGUCUCGCCUGUCUGUCCUUCUCCUACAGUCCAUCAAACUGUUGUCUUCAGCCAAGAAGAAGGCCGGGAAUACCGAAGAUGACGCAAUGCUCAGAACCCACAAGCUGGUCUAUUCACAGCUACUCAGGGCAACGGGUACCAGGGCUGCAGGCCUGCCCGAGAGGGUUGGGCUGCUUGUUCGACUGCUGGACCUGCAGGCCCGGGGCACCCAGUGAACCCUGCCUGGCCCCUCAGUAAACCACGCCACCCCCCAGCCUGCCUGGCCAGCAUCUUGUCAUUUCCCUGGCAGACAUGGUGCAGCCAUACUUUGGCCUCUGCUGGAAGUGCCCUGGGGAGCCCCCUGCAAUCCCCUGCACCAUCUCCUGCAGUAGGUUGGGCUCAAG